AUGGUUACCCGUUCCAUCAGCUCAACUUCGUUGGCACACGGAGCUUCCUUACUGGCAACUAAUUGUGUCGGAGAGAUCGAUCACAUGAUGGACAUCGACGCUGAAAUUGCAGCCGCUGAAGCCAAGAUCAGGAGCCUACAAGAGGCUUUGGCUGGUGCGGAGCCUGCCGGCACAACAGAUGAGUUGCCAGACCCUCCACAGCCAGGAGACCUCCUCUUGGCAGAAGGUCGUGGGCCUCAAUCGGGUAUGGUUGCAGGGAAUAUGGUGAAAGCUCCAGAGGGCUUGACACCAAAGGGGACUAAGUCACUCUCGCAAGAGUCUCUACGGGCCAUGCCAACCGUUCGCUAUGGAAAGGCUGAUUCCGUGGAGGAGAUUUUGUCCACCCCCAAAGGACCAGGGGUUGAUGAAAAUGGUGAGCUAUUUCAAGAUGCUCAAUCUCGGCAUUCUUCCCCGGGAUAUUCUCCAAGCUGUGCAGAAGGUGAUUUUGCUCCCCCUCCUUGGGACACAGAAAUUGAUGAUGAUGCAGAAUCUUUGGCAAUGGGGGCCAAGCCGCAUAAGCCGAAGAUUACGCCUGGGAAUUCUGUGGUUACCCCAUCACCAAAGGGACCAAAACCGGAGAACCAGCACAGUGUGCCCAAGACAACGGAGAAGAAGGAUAGCAAGAAGAAGAAGGACACCAACAAAUAUGACAAAUACUACCACCAGAUCCGUCGCUAUGUGACACCACGGGAAAACGGAAGAAUGUUGGCUAGCAAAGAGACAGUGGCUUUGUUCAAAACCGAGGAUGGAAGAAAGCGACUGAGGGAGAUGCUCAUGAAGGAAGGGACAGUGGAGGCCAUGGAUGUGAAGAUCACCAAAAUGCACAAGCGCACGGUGGAUGAAUCCAAACUAGGUGGUUGGUAUACCAAAGCAUGGCUGGUGGCCAAUCGCAGUUGGAGUAAGACGAUGUGCGAUAAUGCAUGGCAGUGGGCAAAGGCACACAACAAGUGGAGGAGGAACCCAAUCCAUAAGGAGGAGGAGUGCAAGUUGGUCAUCGAUGAUGAGUUCAAGUGGAAUGAUCAUCACGAGCAUGGCACGGAACAAUCGGGCCAGUUCCAAAUGGAGGACCCUGAUGGCACACUUCUCGAAGAUGAUCCUGUGCCCGAGGGUUUGGCUGGCUUGGUGCCGGAUGUGGAUGCUGGCAAACAAGAAGAGACCCAGUGUGUCCCACAGGAAAGCCAUGGGUCCUUCAAGUUGGUGUUUCCAACUCUCCAACAGAAUGUAUCGGUCAUUGGUGUCUUGCCAACGUUCCUGGACACACUCUCCCGCAAGAUUGAAGCCGCUGAACGAGAAAAGGAAAAGCAAGAGCAACGUGGCUUUGACCGCGCCAUGCAGUAUGGGAAAACAAUUGGUGACAGCAUCACGUCCAUGAACAAGCUCUACGACCAGUUAACUGCCCUUCAAGGGGAGGCCUAUACAUGCAAGGAUGGCAGUGGAGAGUACAAGGCAAAGGUGGACGAGAUUUCGGGAAAAAUGCGAGAGAUCACCAAGAACGACAUUGCCCUGAACAAUGUUGUUAUUCGUGCCAAGAACCUCAAGGCCCCCCCGAAGAAGCCUCCGGUUGUGCCGCUUCGUCCGAAUCGUCCGUCUCCUGCUGAUGCAGUGCCAAAGGCAAAGGGCAAAGCGAAGGCUAGGCCCAAAAGAAAGGCGGCCGCCAGAAAGAACACACCCCCUAGCUAA